CAGGAAAGUGACACCCACAUUCCCUGAAUGAUUUUAAAAAAAUUUGUUUAAGCUUUGAAAAUCCUGACCUUUCUGAAGUGAAUUCUCUGCAGUGAAUUCGUUUGUAACUGCUCUCAGUGUCUCUGUCAGUAGUUUUUUUUGUCGGUUCUCUAUGUCUGCCUCCCCCUCACGGAGAGACUUUGGGUUUUUUGCUGGGUUUUUGGGCUUCUAUUCCCAGACGUGAGUGACACAGUUUCCGCCACAAUCACAUGACUUCCAGCUUCACGGGCCCGUGUUAAUUACCAGAAGAGGCAGGCUGAGAGUUUAGAAAAGUGAGAUGAGAGGCAGGUUCGGUGAGACUGCUGGUGAGUGCACUAAGGAUUACUUCGAAAGGGAUGGCUCAGGAUUCUGACAGCAGCGACAGCGGCUACAACAGGUACCAGCCUUACAAUGGCAAACAGGAAAACUUUGAAGAAACAAAGAAGGUCAUGCGAAGGGAAAAGAAUCGACUUGCAGCUCAGAAGAGUCGACAGAGACAGACUCUGAAAGCAGAUACACUACACCAGGAAAGUGAAUACUUAGAGAAAGAAAAUGCUGCCUUAAGGAAGGAAAUUAAACAGCUGAACGAAGAGCUGAAAUAUUUCAGCAGUGUGUUGAAAAGCCAUGAGGGUCUGUGUUCAAUGAUGGUGUCCCCAAGUGAAGAGUUGGUUUAUCAGAGCCACUCCUUUCAACAGACACACAGCAACACUCCAGCACGGCUUCACCUGUGA